UCUACACCGCGGCCUCCAGACCUGUGCUUAUAUAUAACUCAGAAGAGUAAAAAAUCAGACUGAGAAACAGUAGCAGAGAAAGAAGAAGGAAGCCGGAGUUCCUGCUCUCAGUGAGCGAAUCAUAAUGGUAGAGACGGCGGUUGACCGGCGGCUGGUCCAGGAGCUGGCUAGGAGCGGCGGUGAGCUACCAGCCCAGUUCGUCCAGAAAGAGGAGAAUCGUCCGAUCGGUUCUUCACCGCCGGCUUCCGGCGUUCCCAUCGUCGAUAUCGGCCGUCUCUUCGAGUCGGGUGAGGAGGCCCUCCGGCUCAAGUCAGGCCUCCAAACAUGGGGCCUGUGCCAGGUUGUAAGCGAUGAGUUGUCGACCAAUUUCCUUGAUGAGGUGCGGAGCGUGGGUAAAAAGUUUUUUUAUCUUCCUAAAGAAGAGAAACUGAAGUAUGGGAACCUCACUGAUGAUGGGGAAUUUAAAUUGGAAGGAUAUGGAAAUGAUAUAGUGGUAACAAAAGAUCAAGUCCGUGACUGGAAUGAUCGUCUUUAUCUGUUGGUGGAACCAGAAUGUGCGAGAAGUCUAGAACUUUGGCCUGAUAAUCCAAGCUCUUUUCGGAGUUUGUUACAUGAAUAUUCCAUUAAAACAAGGAAGAUUGCCGACAAUGUUCUAAAGGCGAUUGCAAGGGUGUUGGAACUGGAAGAAAACUACUUCGCUGAUCAAAUUGGAGAAGAUGGUACUGCGUUUGUAAGAUUUACUUACUACCCAGCUUGUCCUAGCUCUGAUGCAGUGAUUGGUAUGAAACCUCAUACUGAUGGUUCAGCUAUUACACUUCUGUUGCUGGACAAAAGUGUGGAUGGAUUGCAAGUACUUAAAGAUGGUGAAUGGUAUACAGUCCCCACUGUCCCAAAUGCUUUGCUUCUCAACUUGGGAGAUCAGAUGGAGAUUAUGAGCAAUGGAAUUUUUAAAAGCCCAAUGCAUAGAGUGGUGACAAAUUCUCAGGAAAGGAUAUCUGUGGUCAUGUUUUAUUCUGUUAAUAAUGAAAAAUAUAUAGAGCCAGCAAAUAACCUGGUGGAUGAAGAAAGGCCAAGAUUGUACAAAAAGGUACUUAUUAAGAGCUACCUUAAUGAAUUAUUUGAAAACUUUGCACAAGGAAAGAGGGCCAUUGACUUUGCAAAGGUCUAAAUAAGGAGAGAUUAUUUUGUGCAGACACCGGACGGAGAGAAUCGUCUGAUUUUGUCUCUGUGAAUAGUAAAAGCGCAUUGAGCUAUAGUAGAUUUACUGUUCACAGAGACAAAUAUGAUGGUUCUCUCCGUCCAGUGUCCGCACAUAAUUAUUUCUCCUAAGGGAGAAAAUUCAAGGAUAUUUUAAUUUAAAUUUAAUCAAAAUAAAUUUUAUAAUUAUUGACUUAUUUUUAGAUGAGUGUUAUAUAUAAAUAAUUAUUUAUAAUUUAUAUUACACUCAUCUUAAAAUAAAUUAAUAAUUAUAAAAUUUAUGAUGAUCAAAUUUAAAUUGAAAUAUAUUUACUGUAAAAUUGUUCUUCUAUCUAGUUGGUCUACUAUGUUAAGAAAGUUUUCCUUUGUAAUAAUUGGUCGGAUAAACUUGUUUUGUCCCCUUUACCAUGUUGAUGUAAUAAGAUUUUCAUAUGGUAAUAUAUAUGCUUAAUAUCUACCAAUAUGAUCUUAUUGAUACAA